AUGUUGAUCAAUGACAAGAAAUAUUGUACAUGCCAAGAACAAGAAAAUCCAAGUAGACAAGUUACUCCAUUGAAUAAGAAAAAUAAACCAUUUGUGAUUCCAUUGGAUGAUGGUAAAUUUAUUGAAUCACCUUCACAAGUUGAUGAAAUCUCAAGUGAUAAAAAAAGAGAAGUGGCCAGAAAAAUUGAAAUUAUUCAAGAAUAUUUGGAUAAUUUUAGCAGUGCACUUGAAAAAAGAAAUAAUAGGAACAAUAAAUAA